CCCUCUCCGCGCCAUUUUUUUCGAAAAAAUCGCCUCGCAAACAAGGCUUGAAAAAUCUUUUCUCAACGGCCGGCUUAAAAGCUCUUCGAGCCGGUGGUGGGGGAUAGUUGGGCCGCGACCUGACCGGAGGUGGUUCUGUGGCUAUUUUGUAAAUAUUGGUGCGUCCGGUGUGCACGUUUCGAAACUGUGUUGGAUUAAUUGGCGCGGAUUCUUAGUGACAUUUGAUAAUCAAUAGUUUUGCGCCUGGCGGUGGGAUUCGACAAGAGUGGAUCCGAGGACUUGUGACCUUUUGGCGCUGCUGGUUGAAGGACCUAUAAAUCAACAGAUCCGAGUUGGAGCGACGGCCCGACAAUGUCGAAGGACGCAAAAAGCAUGAUAUGGGACUAUCUGGUCUUUGUGAUUUUUGUAAUCGCAAGCACCUUUGUCGCCGUCUAUUCCCGUUUCUUUGGUCCUAAAGAAAAGACAAAGGCCGAUUUUGUUUUUGCUGCUGGCAAAGUUUCCAUGGCAGCGAUGAUGCUGAGUAUAGCGAGAGGAACGCUGGGUGUUCGAUCAUUUUUGGGUUAUCCGUCGGAAUUGUUCUACCGCGGCUCUACCAUGUGGGAGACCCUGUAUGGGAUGGUCCUCGCCUACCCCAUCGUCUGUUUCGUCUUCGUCCCCGUGUAUUUCAGCCUGGGGAUUACAUCGGUGUAUCAAUAUUUGGACCUCCGCUUCAAAUCUCGUCUAGUCAGAUGUUUAGCAUCAGGAACUUACAUAGUGCGACAGCUCCUGAACCAGGGGGUGACCGUCUUCACCCCCUGCGUUGCCCUCAACACCGUCAUCGGCAUCCCUUACUGGGCGUCGAUCUGCGGGAUCACCCUCGUCAGUAUUAUUUUCACAAUCCUGGGAGGCCUGAAAGCAGCAAUUCUUGCCGACGUAAUGCAAGGAUUAACAAUGAUCGCAGUGAGCCUCGCAAUAAUCGUCCAGGGCUGUAUCGAAGUGGGCGGCUUCGGGGCCGUAUUUGAAAGAAACAAGAACGAUGGCCGUCUGGACUUCCUCAACUUCAACAUGGACCCCACGAUUCGCGUGACCACGACGUCGGCCCUCGUGGGUCAGCUCUUCAUGUCCCUGUCGAUAUUCGGUUGUCAGCAGAACUUCGUGCAGCGCUACUGCAGCAUGGACUCUCAGAAGAAAGUGACAAAGACUCUCAUGUACAAUAUACCCGUAAUCACGGUCCUGUUCAGCUUAUCCUGGGUCGUCGGAAUGGUCGUUUAUGCCACGUAUGCCACGUGCGAUCCUUAUAGCUCCGGCUAUAUAGAAAAAUUCGACGAAGUACUCCCGUUCUUUGUCGAAGAUCGCUUCAACUACUUACCGGGUAUACUCGGUUUAUUUAUGGCCUCGCUUUUCAACGGAGCGCUGAGCUUGAACGUGUCUAAUUUGAAUUCUUUGGCCACCGUCGCUUUCGAGGACUUCCUCAAGCCCCUGCCGUGCCUAAAGGGAAUGACGGACAAGCAGCAACUCAACACCAUCAAAGGAAUCGGAGUUCUCCUCGGACUCGUUAUCAUGGGAAUCAGUUUCGGAGUGGGUCUCUUAGACGGCGUUAUCGAAUCAUCUAUGCUGGUCACCUCCGCCACUUCGGGCCCUCUCCUAGGAGUCUUUAUAAUGGCCCUGUUGAUACCUUGCGCCAACUGGAAGGGAGCCUCGACCGGCGUCAUCGCUGGACAUCUAGUUACUUUAUGGAUAACCUUCGGGAGAUUAACCAUCGAAAAACCACCGACCCCGCAUUUACCCUUAUCAACCGAGGGCUGUACAAACACGUCCUUCAACGAUCACAUUUUAAAACCCGAACACCAAACAUCCUUCUGGACGAUCACCACCACAACCCCCGCAUCUAUUAAUUAUACGGGCAACUUCUCCAGCGACAUCAUCAACACGACACGAGCGGCGCCCUCAGACCCUCUCACCCAGUUGUACUCAAUCACCUACAUGUACUACUCACUCAUAGGCUGCUUCAUCUCGAUCCUCGUCGGCUGGACCGUUUCCUACUUCACUGGUAGCGAAAGAGACCUGUACGACGAAGAACUCAUUCAUCCUAUUGCCCGCAAGAUGGCCGACUUUUUCCCGGGAAAAAAGCGCCGCUACGAGGAGAAAACUCUCAACAAAAUGCCGAGGAACGGGUCGAUGAUUCCUUCAGCCAGUGUGACAAACAUGGAACGAAAAUGUGGGAGUACGAAUCUUGCCUUCACCCAGGAUGUGCCCUUGGAACAAAUGGAAGUGUACAGAACCAAAUUAUGAUCUAGAGAUUGAUGGACUCAUUUUUAGUGCCUUAGCUAGGCUGCAUCUGUGAUCUCUAGCUGAUAGGUUUUUACGAUGCGUGUUCUUUGUUUCUUAAAGAAACACUAGACUACUUAACUAUUUUUUGAUACAUUUAUUGUUGGAAUUGAUAUUAUAUAUGUACUCUGAGUAGUCUGUAAUGUAUUUAUGACGUUCUUAGAUAUAAUUUAGCGUGUGUAAGCCAGUAAUGAGUAUUUAUUUGCAUAGUUAUAGUUAGAAAGCGACGGAACUGACGAUCAGCUCCGUUACAACAUGUAAGUUAGAAUAGUGAAGUACUUACAAAGGAAUUGAAACGAAUUAGUUGCGUACGAACUGACGUAGCUCAAAAUACAAUUUUUACUGAUUUAA